AUGUCGAGCCCUAGUCUUCCUUCUGAUAAGAAUCUGUCCAACAAUGACCGGCGAAAUGCUGCCCUCAAACUCAUUGGAAAAUUGUUCCCUGACAAGAGUCUUGAAGUCCUUGACCCACAAACGGUUCUCAAGACCUACAAAAAACCUUCCACCAACAACACCACCACAGGCAACGGCAACCUUCAGGCCAAAUACACCUGUGUGACUGAGAAGUUUGACACCAGCUCCGUGGCCUCCAUUUUGGUUGGCUUGUUUACGGAGAUCCCACGCUGGAAGUAUGGAUCGGUUGUAAACUACGCCACCUAUGCCAACGGCUAUCCCAGCCCAGACGACGCCAAGUAUGCGGCCGUCAGUUUGUGGGAGGCGGCGGAACAGUGGAACAGCUACAACUUGGGUGUGACCUUCAAAUGGGUCAACAACCUCAAACAAGCUGCAUUUGUCCUCGAAUUCGGCGGUGAUAAGGGUGGCGUUAUGGCAUCGGCCUUCUUCCCCAACCCCCAGCCGUUGAACACUCUGUUCGUCUACAGUUUCUCUUUCACGGACAAGAAAAACCGAGAGACGCUCAAAAACACCUUCCUGCAUGAACUUGGCCACACCCUAGGCCUUCGCCACGAGUUUGCCUUGGACCCCGACCGUUACGAGGGAGGGGCACAGGUCUAUGGAACACGAAACCCGCUCUCAGUGAUGAGCUAUAACCUGCCUCCGCAGGUGCAGAAGACCGAUAUUGAUGAUAUCACAUCGUUCUACAAGCUCCCAGCAGAGGUUACGUUGCCAAAGGAUAACAAGAACCCUUCUACGCAGAAGACAAUGAUCAUCAAGGAUUACGCUCCCGCUUGA